AUGGAAGAUGAGAGCCAUGGAUAUGGGUCACAUGGACCCAGUGUAGGAAGCCCAGAAAGCCCACAUUUAAAGAACAGCAGCAGUAGCAGCCACAACAAAGAGCAAGAUCGCUUUCUCCCUAUAGCAAAUGUAGGCAGAAUCAUGAAAAAAGUGAUUCCUGCCAAUGGAAAAAUCUCAAAGGAUGCAAAAGAGACAGUUCAAGAAUGCGUCUCCGAGUUCAUUAGCUUUGUUACAGGAGAAGCAUCUGAUAAAUGUCAAAGAGAAAAGCGGAAAACCAUUAAUGGUGACGAUAUCAUUUGGGCUAUCACAACCUUAGGAUUCGAGGAUUAUGUGACACCUCUUAAAACAUACCUCCAAAAAUAUAGAGAGAUUGAAGGAGAGAAGCUUAACAUUCCAAAGCAACAAAGAUCUGAACAAAGGCUACAUCAACAUCAACAUGAACAAGAACAAAAUAUACCAUACAAUACUCUAUAUACUUCCACAGGUCUCAUGCCUCAGCCAUCUUUCAUGGCAACUGAUCAGCCAUUCCCUUUGCCUUUCUCCCCAAAUUCAAUCCAAAAACAAUUACAGCCACGGGACCAGAUGGAUUCAGUGGGGCAUUGGUAA